UAAACCUGUGAUUUAAGACCUGUUGUGCAAUGUGCACCACCAUAAUUCGUGAAAUAUAAUAUUAGAAACGCCGAAUUUUUGUUUUUUAUUAGUCUUAUUUAUCCCAAAGUCCAAUUAGUAGUUACUGAUUCACUGUGUAUGGCAAAAGGUUUGUAUUUAGAUUUAUGACGAGUUUGAGUCAUAACAAGUCAACAUAUUACUAGAAAGUAUGACGCUUGAAACCACAGAGGUACGUAAAAUGGAUGCUACGCUAAAGUUUGAAUUGGUUAAUUUAUUAGACAUUAAUGAUGGCUGGAAAUCACUCAUGGCUGCUGUAACUGUUGACUGUGACCCAAACAAGAGUCCGAAAUAUACCUUUGAUCACUUAAAGUUAAUAGAAAUGGCAAGCCAAACACAACGGCGAUCUUGUAGUGAGAUAUUUUUAGAAGAAUGGGGAACUAGUGGUCAUAUAAGGCCUAACCUCAAGACACUUAUGGAUCUGUUGUUCAAAUUAAAACUAAUACGAGCUGCUGAAUGUGUAGCUUCUAAAAUCAUGAAUGAUAAACCUAUUGACAGGUUGGCAACGUUUAUGGACUUUGUUGAGAUUGAUGAAUGCACAGAUAAUGAUAAUAGUGACAAUUAUAAGUCUACUUUGUUCGCACAUCAGCUAGAAACCAGAUCAAAUUUAAAUGAUGAUGACAGUAAUGCAAGGUUUGGUAAAAYUAAGCUACCUUACAAAUACUUAUCCAAUGCCACUAAUGGAUUUUCGGAUUCAUGUUUAAUUGGAGCUGGUGGAUUUGGUAAAGUAUUCAAAGCCAAAUUGAUUAACCAAAUAGUGGCAAUAAAACAAAUGGAGAAAAUAUUUGAAGAAAAAGAUUUUAAACAGUAUUUAAAUGAAAUUGACAUUGUUUUAAAAUUUAAACAUGAUAAUUUAUUACCACUACUGGCAAUUUCAUACGAUGAACAGCCGUGUGUUGUUUAUGAAUUUAUGGAAAAUGGUUCAUUGCUUGAUUGUAUUGCAUGCGAAAAUAGAUCAUCAAUAUUAAAUUGGAAACUAAGAAUUAAAAUUGGAACAGAUGUGGCCAGUGGCUUAGUUUAUUUACACACAGCAUUUGAAACACCUUUUAUACACAGAGACAUUAAAACUGCUAAUAUACUGCUAGACAAUAAAUUUAUUGCCAAGAUUGGAGACUUUGGUUUAACUCGCCUUGGAGAUCAUACAAUGACAUCUGUUGUAUUAGGAACAUCUGCAUAUAUGUCACCUGAAGCAUUUAGAGGUGAUAUUUCUACGAAGAUAGAUGUUUUCAGCUUUGGUGUUGUAUUAUUAGAGUUGUUAACAGGAUUAGCACCAUACAAUGAAUGUCGGACUGGUUGCGACUUGUUAACUCACAUCAGUGAAAUUGAAUGUCCUAUUGAAGAACUAUUAGACAAGCGUGCUGGAUAUUGGAACAACAGUAUCGCUAGAAAAAUGUAUGAUUUGGCAGUUCUUUGUACGGCUGCUAAAAAUCGAAGGCCAUUUAUGCAUGGUAAUGAAGGUGUUUAUGAAUCUCUUAAAAACAUUCAAUCUGAAAUAGAUGCAUAAGCACAAAUAGUGAAGGGAGUUAAGCGGUAUUAACACCCUCAAAUUAUGUUCACAUUUAUGUAUCUAAAACUUAUCUAAAAAAAGAAAAAUGAGAAAAUGCGUAGCACCCUUAUUUUUUUUUUUAUUGAAAUUGUGCCUAUAAA